GGCGGAUAAACGUCGAUUCCCUCGCAUUAAAAUGCAGCGUUCAUCAAACAGCACCGCACUGUAGCACCUCUGCAUCAUUCGGGGGACGAAAAUGGAUAAUCGUGGUCUCGGCGGAUGGAUUAAAGCGGGUAUGCUAACCUAAAAAUGAUUUUAUGGAGGAAACUAAAGUAGUUCCAUUACAAUGACACGCACAGAUCCACCCAUCAUACUGGAAUCUACUGUGUAUCAAGCUGUUAAAGUGAAUUUCCUCUCUAACCACAUCAAGUCUGAAUAUUCCUCUAAACAAUGUGAUUCCACAUGCAUUAGCACACUGGAGUACAAACAGAACGACAAAAAAAGGCACUGCCACAUAUUUGAUACUAAGUCUCCAGGCAAGCCCAAAUAUAACACAAUCGAAAUGGACUACCCAUAUAGAAGGGCUGACAGAUAUGCGGCAAACCCAGAAGUUGCCUGGAAUGCCUUAGCCCAACAACAAGGGCAUGGAGUUCAUCGCUUUUCUUCCCCAGACCUAUAUAACUUUAGACUGACCCCUCAGCCUUUUACUGCUGAAAUGGCUGGUGAGGUUGUUGUGACAGAACAUAAGAGGCGGACCAGAUCAAGAAGUGCUCCACGAGCCCAGACCAAUCUGACUCCUGUAACGAUUGAUGGUUCCCCUCCAGUGACAAGGAGGGGUAGGGAAGUUCAGAGGUCUCCAAGGCAACCUCAGUGGAAGCCAGAGGUGUCUCCAAGAAGAGAAUCCUCCUAUGCAGCAACUCGGGCACUAAUCCAUGAGGUACAUCCCAUCAAACUACAGCCACAGAGGACUGAUACCAGCAGGUACUCUCCUGUUUAUGUGCCUGAAGGCUUGGAAGAGGGAAGGCCGGAUAAACCUGCCACUAGUCCUCAUGUACGAUGUAGAGUGGACAUUAAGCCUGAUGAAGCAGCUUUGCAGCAACGUGGGCAAAAAUCAUCAACUCCAAGGGUGGAUAUACCCUGGCAGAAAUAUCCCAGUAGUGGCAGUCGGAGUCUUACAGUACCUCGCCACUAUUCCACCUCCAGAACACCAACACCCACUGAAUCCUUCACAGGUGAAUACAGGCCUACUUACCAGUAUUCCCAAAGUAUGCCAAACAGUUACAUGCUGCCAAUGGAGACCCCACUUCAAAGGAUGCCUUCUCAACAGGAGUCAAAGGAACAUUAUGGAAGGGAACGAAGGGCUCACUCAAGCCCCAAUGUGCCAACUAAAUUCUUCUAUGCAGAGGAUAUGGGGAAAUAUGGAUCUUCAGCUCCUACAAGAACUUACUAUCAGGAUGAUCGUUACAGCAUUCCGAGCCAAACCUAUUCUCCCAAAGUACACUAUGUCCAAGAUCCAAGGACACGCAUGGUUCACUCUAUACCUGCCAGGCCAUAUUUUACAGAAAUUGACCCCUAUCAAUAUUCUGCACCUGUAUAUCCAAAAUCCUAUGGUGCAAAUGAACCAGGACCAUACAUAAUACAGACGCCUCCAGCGAGAACGUUCUAUGGGGAUGACCCCAGGACAUAUCAGAUUCAAACAGGCCCCCCAAGGAUUUUCUACAUGGGUGAUCCCUAUGUGCCACCAAUGGAACAUCAUCAUCCAGCUCGGGCGUAUUACACAGAGGGUAGGCGCCAUGCUCGUGUGGUUCAGCCACAAUCAGAUGACUGGUAUGGCUCAGAUGUGUCUGGCUAUUCCACACACUAUCCCUCUUCUUACACCUCCCAGGUGACACCAACAAGAGUUAGACAAGAGCCAAUGCCUGCACCUUGGUACACCAACCCAUGUAUGGAGCCUACAAGGCAAGUAGCUGACCCAAGACCAUACUCUAGAUCUUGGGACAACAUCCUCAACACUCAUGUAGAGAGGGAACAGCCUGUGCCUCGUGGGAAAAGCGAUGAGAAUCUCCUUUGUCAGGGGAAACAAACUUUGUCCACAAAUGAAAGGCCAAAACCUGUAGUUGUUAACCUUUCGAGUUCACCUAGACGCUAUGCAGCUCUGUCUUUGUCUGAAAAUUCCCUGAUUGACAAAAGCCCGACUGAUGCUAGGAGCACCUCAAGCAAACAAUGGUUUAUUACCCCUGAGAUCACGAUCACAGACAAUGAUAUUAAACCUGGCAAGGGUACUAGAGCAGAAGCACGUUCUGCCAGUUGGGAUGUUCUGGAUUCUAAAAGUGCUCCAGAUGAACAGUCUGCUCAUCGUGAGAAAAUGUCCUUAUCAAUGGAAUCCACUAAAGAAAAGACACACCACAGCACCUCACUCCAACAAAGCUUAGAACAGCUUGAUGAGCUUUUAGCUGACCUGGUCAUUGAUUACAAACCACCAGCUAGCAGAAGGCCCAGUGAAGAUCUGCUGGAUCAACUCAAGAAGCUUAUUGAUGAAGAAGAGGCAGUAUCAUCAGGAAGAAAAGAUUCGAAGGCAGGAUCCGAGAGCAGUAUGCCCCUUGACAAACAACCCACGUCCAUAAAAAUAGAUCCUGACUCCUUAAGAGACACGGAGAGUUGUGAUGGACUUCGAAGUACUGAGGAGUGUUCCCCUGAUCAGAGCCCAGAUGAGGAUGACACAAUGAUGUGUUCUAACAAUAAAUGUCGUCGUACAGAAACAUUGUUUAACGCUUGCCUCUACUUUAAAUCCUGCCACAGCUGCUACACAUACUACUGCUCCCGCAACUGCCGCCGAGAAGACUGGGACGUUCACAAGGAGAGCUGUCUCUAUGGGCGUAUUGGCAGUGUGUGUCGCCACAUCAUUAAGUACUGUCGGGAAACUACAGAGGUUCACAAAGCUUUCUCACGUAUAGCCAAAGUAGGAUACUUGUCUCGAGGAAGAGGAGUCCUAUUUUUAGGAUUUCCGAAUCCAGGAUCUUCAACAAAUUUCCUUCAAUUUGGUCUAGAAAGCCUCUUGAUGUCUCCAACAUACCUGUCCUUACGUGAACUAGAGGGCUUCAGGGAUAAUCUUGGGGAGUACUGUAAGGAGCUCCAGGAGGCGGGUAAGGAAUACGACCCCAAUGAAUGUUUUCUCUUGAAUGUAUCCAUUGCUGUUGGUGAACAAGUGCCUGACGGACCAUCACCAAGGGUCCAAGCCCCAACCGUCAGGAAGUAUGCCAAGGUUGCUUUAGCUUCUUACAGCCCAGAGAGGAAGGUUCAUAGGAAGGAUAGUGAUAUGGAGACGCUAAUCCUCACUCCACCACCAGGUACAGCUGACAUCGACAAGGAAGGUGAGGAGGGGAGAAAAGCUAGGGAGAUUUGUUUCAUCAACAUUCAACGGGAGCUAAGGAUUCGUGGGGUGUUUCUUCGCCAUGAGUACCCCCAAGUGUACCAGAAACUAUGUGAAUUUGUGGAGAGCAACAGAAGGUUCACCCCUACCACUAUUUAUCCUAUUGACAAGAGAACUGGCAAGCAGUUCAUGUGCAUGAUAAUGGCAGCUUCUGAGCCACGGACUUUGGACUGGGUAGCUACCCCGCAUCUUCUAGAUGAUAUUAUUUAA